GUCCCGACGGACACCGUCCACACCACACGCCCGAGAGCAACCCGAGGACGAGGCCGCCGGCGAGCGAGCAUGGGCGGGCGAGCUGGCGCCGCUGAGCCGCUGCUGCUCCCGGAGCACUCCGGCGGGCACGGCGGCGGCGGCGGGGCGUCGGUCUCCGGCGCGGUGUUCAACCUGUCCACGAGCAUCAUCGGCGCCGGCAUCAUGUCGAUCCCGGCGGCAAUGCGCGUGCUCGGCGUGGCCCCCGCGCUCGUCCUCAUCGCGGCCGUUGCCGUCCUCUCCAACGUCUCCGUGGAGUUCAUGCUGCGGUACACGGGCUGGGCUCCCAGCGGCCCGCCCUCGUACGCGGGGAUCAUGGGCGACGCGUUCGGCCGCGCCGGCGCCGCCGCGCUCAACGUCUUCGUCGCCUUCACCACCGCCGGCACUCUCGUCGUCUACCUCAUCAUCAUCGGGGACGUGAUGUCCGGGAGCGCGGGGGCGGGCGAGGAGCACGCCGGGGUGCUGGGGGAGCUGUUCGGCGCGCGGUGGCUAGAUAUCAAAAACUACACCGGAGAACUCUGCAAGAAUGGGUUGACCUGGAACGUGGGGAUAACAAAACGUCAGCCCCGCAUCAUGUAGUGCAUCUUGAGUGAAUAGCAUAAAACCACGACAUUGGUGGCGAAAUUUAUGAAAGACCACCACUUUUGGUUUGCGGGACAAAAAACCACCACAUUUGAGUUGGUUUUUUGCCGAACACCCAAAUGACGAUUUUGCAGCGAAUUGACACUCAA